GAGGUCCCUUCAACCUUCCCCCCCUCCCUCAUCUGGCCAUCUCCUCUCUCUCUCUCUCUCUUUCUCACAGUAUAUGCAUACGCCUGAUUUCUUUGCCUUCUGUACAAGCCCUUAGGUAACUCAGCUACGCUCCGAUUUCUCGCUCGCUAAUAGAUCUAUCGAUUGUUAGUUGGAGGCGGAAACGAAGAAAUGGGGAUGUUCAAAGUUAGCAACGUUGAGACCACGCCAUUCGAAGGCCAGAAGCCUGGAACUUCAGGCCUUAGGAAGAAGGUGAAGGUAUUCAAGCAACCUAAGUAUUUGCAAAAUUUCGUUCAGUCAACAUUCAAUGCUCUUGGGGUUGAUAAAGUUCAUGGCGCUACACUUGUGGUCUCUGGCGAUGGCCGGUACUAUUCUAAGGAUGCAAUCCAGAUUAUUAUUAAAAUGUCUGCUGCAAAUGGAGUUAGACGUGUUUGGGUUGGUCUAAAUGGAUUAAUGUCUACUCCUGCUGUAUCUGCUGUUAUCCGUGAAAGAGUUUCGGCUGAUGGAUCAAAGGCAAAUGGGGCAUUUAUAUUGACAGCUAGCCACAACCCUGGUGGUCCCAAUGAGGAUUUUGGAAUUAAAUACAACAUGGAAAAUGGUGGUCCUGCACCAGAAGGUAUCACUAACAAGAUCUAUGAGAACACCACAACAAUAAAGGAAUACUUGAUUGCAGAGGACUUGCCUGAUGUGGACAUCUCUUCAGUAGGUGUGAAAAGCUUCAGUGGACCAGAAGGACAAUUUGAUGUCGAUGUCUUUGAUUCUACUACUGACUAUGUAAAAUUGAUGAAGUCUAUAUUUGAUUUCCAGUGUAUCCAGAUAUUGCUUUCUUCUCCAAAUUUUACAUUUUGCUAUGAUGCACUUCAUGGUGUUGCUGGAGUUUAUGCUAAACGUAUAUUUGUGGAUGAGCUUGGUGCUGAAGAAGGGUCACUAAUAAACUGUGUACCAAAGGAGGACUUCGGUGGAGGUCAUCCUGAUCCCAAUCUGACAUAUGCAAAAGAGUUGGUUGCGCGUAUGGGACUGUCUAAGACUCACACCGAAUCAAACCCACCGGAAUUUGGAGCUGCUGCUGAUGGAGAUGCGGACCGCAAUAUGAUUCUUGGGAAAAGGUUCUUCGUGACACCCUCUGAUUCUGUUGCUAUAAUAGCUGCUAAUGCUGUUCAAGCAAUCCCUUACUUUUCUGGAGGCCUAAAAGGAGUUGCCAGGAGCAUGCCCACAUCAGCUGCUCUAGAUGUGGUGGCUAAACACCUCAAUUUAAAAUUUUUUGAGGUGCCCACCGGUUGGAAGUUUUUUGGUAACUUAAUGGAUGCUGGACUAUGCUCAGUUUGUGGUGAAGAAAGCUUUGGGACAGGAUCAGAUCACAUUCGUGAAAAGGAUGGAAUUUGGGCUGUUUUAGCCUGGCUGAAUAUUUUGGCGCAUAGAAAUAAGGAAAACCUAAGCGGCAAACUUGUAACAAUAGAAGACAUUGUUCGUCAACAUUGGGCCACCUAUUGACGCCACUAUUAUACCAGAUAUGACUAUGAGAAUGUUGAUGCAUCUGGUGCAAAGGAACUGAUGGCUCAUUUGGUUAACCUGCAAUCCUCCCUUGAUGAAGUUAACAAGUACCAUUUUUUAUUUUCUGAGCACUUUCUUUCUGGGAAUAUUUAGUGUGUAGCUAUUAUAUGGUUCACUUUUCAGUUUCUGUUUCUAACUCCAUUAUAUUUAGAAAAUUGAUUGCUAAAGAAUAUAGGCUCUUUGCAAAUUUUUGGCAAUCAGCCAAUCACUUUCCUUGAAUAGAGAUUGCGUUGAACCAUGAGGAUGCAUUCAAUAAUAAAGGGACAGUCCUGUG